AUGACAUCGCGAUUCCCAGAUAGGCCGAGGACGAAGAGAUUCCGAUCACGAUCGCCGCACUCAGAUUCUCACAAAAAAUACGCCCGAUCCGACCAGCGAGACCAGCGAUAUGACAACGAUAGAUACCGAGAUCGCGAUGCGCGACCGACGCAAUCUCAUGCCCGGGGUAUGAGAGAUCAGAUGCAGCUGAACCAACUACAGGAGGAUGAGCGAGUGCGUGAAUGGGUGGCACAGGAGGAUAUCUUCGUGCUCAAGCAGGCCAAGAAAAAGGCCGAAAUCCGAGUCAAGGAGGGUCGCGCGAAACCGAUCGACUGGCUCACGGUUAUGCUGCGGGUAAUCGAUCCGACGAGAAACCCGCUCGAUGACGAGAUUGCAGACUCGGAACUGGACUUGAUUGACCCCCAGGGCGUCUUUGAGGGAUUGUCUCAAAGCCAGUUGGGUGAUUUGGAGAAGGAUAUUGAUACAUUCUUGGGGUUAGAGUCGAAUUCUCAGAAUAGGGAUUAUUGGAAGACGAUGAAAGUGAUAUGCAAAGAUCGACAAAAGGUUACGGCUCCUGAAGGACGUGCACUCAACUCCGUCGCUGCCGAUAUCAAUAAACUUCUUAGCCCCAAAUCAUACGAACAGCUGCAAACCCUUGAAGGCCAGGUCAGAAAAAAGCUGGACUCUAAUGAACCCAUUGAUACGGAUUACUGGGAGGAGCUUUUGCGGAGUCUCACAGUCUGGAAGGCCCGCGCCAAGCUGAAGAACGUCUACCAGGCUGUCAUAGAUGAGCGUGUUCGAAACCUUCGUCAACAACAGCGCGAAGAAGCCGAAUCCGUACGAUCUAAACUGGCGCCGUUGGCGCCCGUGGUCCGCGAUGAUAUAGCCCAAGCUACGGCCAUCAACCCUGAGGACUUCCGUGGUCUUGACCCCGACCCUUUGCUCCAAAUUCGCCCAGAGGAUAAGAUAUACGAGGUAUUGGAGGAAGAGGUCUUCCUCGAUCAGGUGGCCCGCGAGCGUCAGAAAAUCCUGAAGAUGGGAUAUGUUCCUAUACGACAACGCCAAGCCGAAAAGGCUACAGUUCCUGUUUCCGGUACUCCUGGCAGUGCUCCUGUUGCUAGCAAUUCAACCCGCUUCUCCUCCAUUCCCAACGAAGACUUUUCUCAAGCGACCAAAGCUUUGUACGAAAGGGAGCUUGCUAAGGGAGUCAGCGAGAAUGAAGAGAUCUUUACUGGCGAAGAGUCUGUCAGCACCGGUACACAGCCGCAAUGGGCAAACAAAUAUCGGCCCCGCAAACCACGUUAUUUCAACCGCGUCCAAAUGGGUUAUGAAUGGAACAAGUACAACCAAACCCACUAUGAUCAUGAUAACCCGCCUCCCAAAGUUGUCCAAGGAUACAAGUUCAAUAUAUUCUACCCUGACCUCAUCGACAAAACAAAAGCGCCUACUUAUCGCAUAGAACGAGAACAUGGAAGAAAGCGAGGUCAAUCAUUCGCCGCCGCUGGAGAGGAGGAUACCUGCCUUAUCCGGUUCAUGGCCGGGCCACCCUAUGAAGAUAUUGCUUUCCGCAUUGUGGACAAGGAGUGGGACUACAGCGCAAAGCGAGAAAGAGGGUUCAAAAGCACCUUUGAAAAGGGAAUUCUGCAACUACACUUUCAAUUCAAACGAAUCUAUUAUCGCAAAUAA